AUCCUGUGUGACCUCAGAAAAAAACAUUUUCACUUCCCUCCCCAUUAGAAAUAUAAGAAUCUCCCUCAAUCUCAGUUUCUUACAAGCAAUCGAAAUGGACACGCUAAUUUCCCUCCUUGUUCUUUCCACAUUACCACAGCUUGCAGUACCUGUGGUUCCCCUUGUGACCUCGUUCAGAGCUGUAGUGGAGCUGGUGUCAGGGGAUUCAAGGAUCUUCUCUGGAGAGGGUGCCCGGCUGAAAUGCAGCGUCGCUGAUGCCCACAAGUCAUCCUGGGAUUACUUGUGGUUCAGGGGAUCUGAGCAGCUCUCACAGACUGGGGAGCACCUCGUUCUGUGGCAACCCAAAGUUCAAGAGAGUGGGAAAUAUUACUGCCAGGGAGUGAGGGACACAGCAGUGGGAAACAUACACACCCUCCAAAGUCUGCCUUUGGAGAUCAACGUGGAUGGAGGGUGGGCUAUCCUGCAAGUCCCACCUCAUCCCGGCCUCGUCGGAAACACCUUGGAGUUCACGUGUCGCGUCCGAGGCACACCCCCACUUCACGAGGUGAUUCUGUACAAAGAUGGUCUUGAAGUUAUGAGACAAAGUGGCCUCAUCCCACAUUUCUACCUGACCAACUUGACUCUCGAGGACCAAGGAAUGUAUUCUUGUAGGGCUUCGUGGGACGUACAGAGGCGUACACGCUCUGUAAUUUCAGCUACCGCUUCAGUGCAUGUCUCAGAGGUUCUGUCGCUGCCAGUUUUGGAGAUUGUUGCCGACAAUGACCUGAUGCCAGUAAAUAAGAUGAAGCUCAUCUGCCUCCUUGAAUACAACGCCCCUGCUCCUGCCCCUCCAAUACACUACUAUUUCUACAAGAAUAACAACCGACUGGGAACAGCAACCACUAAGAACCAUGAUCUAGUCAAACGGACUCCAGGCCACUACAGCUGCAAGGCCAAGGUGCCUGAGUUGGGCGUCUCCAGGUGGAGUGAACCCAAACCUUUUGGAGAAGUGACAGGACCACAGACGAUGGUAUCCCCAACUCUUCCUCCCAGAGAUCCAUGGCCUUUAGCUCCCCCAGUCGCAUCCCCAGAACUCUCCCUGCCCACUGCACCUGAGCCAACAGUGAGCAUCCAAUCCUCAAAUCCUCCGCUGAUGCCUUCACAGCAAGCGCCAAGAACUUUGCUAUCUACAGUCCAGUCUCUUUAUCCAACUGCUACUCCUUUCAGUAUGUCGGGACAGUCAGGUGACAUGCCCGAUGAAUUAGUCGAUAUGUCUGGAGAGUCAGGUGACAUGCCCGAUGAAUUAGUCGAUAUGUCUGGAGAGUCAGGUGACAUGCCCGAUGAAUUAGUCGAUAUGUCUGGAGAGUCAGGUGACAUGCCCGAUGAAUUAGUCGAUAUGUCUGGAGAGUCAGGUGACAUGCCCGAUGAAUUAGUCGAUAUGUCUGGAGAGUCAGGUGACAUGCCCGAUGAAUUAGUCGAUAUGUCUGGAGAGUCAGGUGACAUGCCCGAUGAAUUAGUCGAUAUGUCUGGAGAGUCAGGUGACAUGCCCGAGGAAUCAGGCGAUAUGUCUGGAGAGUCAGGUGACAUGCCCGAGGUAUCAGGCGAUAUGUAGGACUUAGGACUCUCCAGACACUGUCCUAUGUUGACAAGUUAUCAUACAUUACAGACCAUUGCAGAAAUGAAUGAUCCCAAAUCAGAGUAAUAAAAUGUGACUGCCGCAUCUUUAGCUGAUAUCAAUCAUGCGUUCGGGAGCCUUUGUGUUCUCACUCUUUUUAUAUGAUUAAUUGUGUAAUUGUACAAUUGUAAUUGUGUUUUAUAUAUUACCAAGUGUCAACUUCAUGAUCUCAUCUGUACAAAAUUGCAAAUAAUAACUAAUGCCAUAUUGGUUAAAGCAAAUAAAGCAUUCCAUAAAUCAUA